AAAUCUAUUACAUUUAUUGAGGAUGUGUACUGUUUAGGGAGACUGAAGAUAGAAGAUAGAAGAUGGACUCAGUGUUUAUGUUUGAUCCCUUGUUGGAACCUUCCAAUCAAGAAGAGGAAUCAGAUGAUGACUAUGAUUUUAUUCCGGAUGUGAAACAUUUAAUGACAGAUAAUUAUCACGGUCAUGGUGAAUUUAGUGACCAAGGCUUAUCGGAAAGUAUUCCUAUUAACGAACUUACAGUAAACCCCACUGGUGAAAAGAUAAAUCCACAGUGUUUCAGUAUUCUUAAGGUUCUUGGAAAGGGUGGCUAUGGCAAGGUUUUCAUGGUACGAAAGUUGGUUGGUGAAGAUCUGAACGAGCUCUACGCGAUGAAAGUUCUGAAAAAGGCUACAAUUGUGAGAAACACCAAAGAUACCCAACAUACCAAAUCAGAGCGCAACAUCCUGGAAUUUGUGGCACAUCCCUUCAUAGUGUCCCUUCAUUACGCAUUCCAGAGCAAUGCAAAACUCUAUCUCAUUCUUGAAUACUUGCCAGGUGGCGAGCUUUUCUCUCAGCUUGACAAGGAAGGUAUAUUGGUGGAGAAGAGUGCGUGUUUUUAUGCUUCUGAGAUUAUUCUAGCUCUGGAACAUUUGCACAAGCACGGAGUCAUUUAUCGUGAUCUGAAACCAGAAAAUGUGCUUCUUGAUGCUCGAGGUCACAUAAAGUUGACUGACUUUGGGCUGUGCAAGGAAGCGAUUCUCGAUAACAACCGGACACAUACUUUCUGCGGAACUAUCGAAUAUAUGGCCCCUGAGAUCUUAACGAGGAAAGGACACGGUAAAGCGGUUGACUGGUGGAGUUUGGGAACUCUCAUGUACGACAUGAUGACUGGAGCUCCUCCCUUUGUGGCGGACAACAGGAAAAGAACUAUCGAAAAAAUAUUGAAAUCGAAGCUGAUAUUUCCGAGAUACUUCAGACCGGAAGCGAUUGAUCUACUGACUCGAUUGUUAAAGCGGAAGGAAGACACCCGUCUAGGGUACGGACCAGAGGAUUCUGAGGAGAUUAAGCGCCACAAGUUCUUUGAGCAUGUCAACUGGGAUGCUACUCUGAAAAAAUCUGUCAGACCUCCUUUCGAACCAACUCUCAGAGACGAGACUGAUGUUUCCCAGUUUGACACAAAGUUUACGGGGAUGACUCCAGUAGACAGUCCCGUGGACACUAGCAUGCUCAGCACCAGUCUAUCUAACCACUGAGGCUUCACCUACGUGGCUCCCUCCAUCCUCAACGAGAACAUGGACUCUAACAACAGCAACUUUCGCAACACCCUGUCCCCCCGUAGGGGCAGCCACUUCAGCUUCAAUGACAUGCACAUGGAGUUAGAAGAGACGACGACCUCGCAUCCUAUCGCUGCUAACGGUUACCGUAACCAAUGGUAACCCACGUUGCCACGCAGGUUUCCCCUGCCUCCAAUUUUAUACCUAAGUUAUUAUCGUGGUUUCUGCUGGGGCUUGUUUAAGGGAA